GAUUUCAACAACCAUUUUAUUUUAGUCCGUGGUUGAUAGUAAACAGCAUGCGUCUAACUUUCACUUAUCCACAAAUAGGGUUGUAGUGGUAUAGUUUGUUUGUUUUUUUGGUUGUUUGUUUUCCUUUGUUUUUCCGCUGUGUUACUUUGGUGUGCUAAUAUUGCUUUAGCUAACAUUUGCUGCGCGUGUUGUGUUCAGAGGUUGGAAAAAUGUCAAGACAGAGGUCUCAGUCACCGCAUUACAGGAUGUUCCCAUGGGAUGAACCAGAUUUUGAUCCUCACAAAGUCAUUGCAGAAUUGCAUGGGAUGCCACAAGGUAGGAGGCACGGCUCAGGAGAAGAUCCUGAAGAACACUGGGACUACCUCAGAGGUGACAUGUCCCCAGAUGGCCGGAGAAGAUCCCCUCCUUUUCGAGGUGACCAUCACUUUCCACAUGAGCGGCAUCCAGAAGAGUUUUACCGCAGGAGGCUCUCACCUUUUCAAGACGUGAUUGACUAUGGUGACCAGAGGUUUUCCCCACAGCACAAUAUAGGAGUCGAAGGAGACAGGUGCGGAGAAAGGUUUAGACAACACUUUGAGGAUUUUGAAGACAGGCGGAGGUCCCAGUCACCAGUGAGAUUACAGAGGGAGAGGUUACCCUUGUCACCAAGAUCUCAGUCAGACCAGUUGCAGAGGCAUCAUGGGAUGGAAUGGAGGAGAGAAGACCAGGGCAGGAGUCGAGGAAAGUUCAGCGACCACAGUCCUGGUGGGAGGUCCGAUGACCAAAGAGGGGGGGUAGGUAGGGAAAGAGGACAAAGGAAUGCACAGAGUCCUAACAAGAAUAGACGAAGGGAGGCCCCACGAAUGGAGCAGAGGAACCCCCCCUUUAAAAGGCACAGGAGAGAAAUGGAUGACGCCAGUCACCUUGGGUACGGGAAAGAGGAGGAGUUUGGGGAACAGCGUUACUCAGUGGAAACACCUAGAGAUGGGUUUGCAGGAGAUGCUCAGGGGAAAAUUCUUCAUUCGGGACCACUUGUAGUUGAGCACGAUCAUGGCAUAGACAACAGGGAUGCCCUACGGCAGGAACACUUCAGCAGUCGCAGAGAUCAUGACUUUAACUUAAAUCGACAGAGAAGUCCCUAUCAAGUUGACAGCAGGAUGCAGGAGCAUUUCAGGAAGCCAAACAGCAGGUUGGAUGAGUGGGAAGACACGAGUGGAGACCAUUUUCAAGACACCUGGAAAGACCCCAACUAUCAUGAAGCAAGAAGAAGCCCUUUGCAACAAGACAGACCAAACCCCAUGCGAUAUGCUAAACAAAAUAGUCCCAUGAACCAUGGUGGAAGGAGCGAUGCUUUCCCUGCAAAAGGGAGGUUCAAUCGUGGAAGGAAUGGGCCACCCAGGGGUCCACAACUUUUCCAUCAGUCCUCCCAGGAAUACCAAAAGCCUCUUCCUGAACAACAGAGACCAGCGUACCAACCACUCAGAGAAGACCGCUACAAGGAGAUGUCAGAAGAGGAGCCUAACUGGGAAGAGAGAGGCCGAUUUCAACCAUGGGGUGGUGACAGACCUGCGAGUGCAGACCGACACUUACCAAGAGAAGACUUGGACCCUAAAAUGCCCCGAAGCAGGGAGCGUGGAUGGAACAAUCCAAAAGCCAACAGCAUGACAGUGGUAUCAGAGGAAACGCUUACCAUCAAAGUAGACAUGAGCCGACCUGUAAACCAAAACAGCCAGCUGUGUUAUUCCUCAGACAGGCAGCUGUCUUUAGAUCUUGUCAAUGUGGGUCGGCAGCGUCUGGACUUCCUGCCAAUGUUGGAGCACUCUGGGACAUAUCGGGAGACUGCGAUGCACACUGGGACUUUUGCACAGGAAAUCAUCACCCUGGUGCACCAGGUCAAAGAUCAGUAUUUCAGAGGUGAUGACAUUACCCUAAAUGAACGCUUCUCCGCUCCACAAAAAGGCAGCUACUCUGAAGAAGAGAUGGAGGAGCUGACCCUGGAUCAGAGGUUCAGUUCAACCCGUGGCUUCAGUUUAAAUGUGAACUCAUUUGAUGAUGAUGAACCACUGUUCUCCAGACUGGGGCCCAUGCAGGGUUUAGGUAUGCAGCCGGCACGAGACCCAGGAGACCUGAGACACGACCUAGAGAGGAGGAGACAGGAGAGACUAGAGGGAGUGAAGGUCACAAUACCAGGGACCAGCCUGCCACAGCGCCCCCUAGGGCCAGUCAGUGAGCAGACAGAGUAUGGUGACAAGGAUGGGAUGUUUCCGAUGGAUGAUGUGGGAUUUCCUAACUGGCCGACACAACAAAACAGGAGACGAGAAGGAAACGUGGGACCAAGGAGAGGAGCUCCUUACAAAAAAAGCGUCGGGCCACAACGCAAAAACAAUCGCCUUGGCAAUCGGCUUGGACCAUUUAGGAAACAGAACCACGGCAACAACCCAACAGGUCCCAACUGGUGACCGGACAUCGGAAAGGUAUUCAAACUGGAGUCCCGGCACAAAUGUUGUCAUUCUGACUGUGAAGAAGGUGGAGAUUGGAUUAAAGUGAAUGUAAACCGCUGGUAUUUUAGAACUGUCUGAUCCAUUCACACCUUCUCAUUCUUUGUCUCUUUCUGCUCUCCUCCCACCUUUCUCAUGUCAGUGUGUUCAUUCAUUAUUUCUAGUUUUUAGAAACUGAACGUCCCUGUGUUUACAUGCAUAAAACAAAAUGUGGCUUUUGUUGGAAAGCUCAGCAUUAGGUACAAACCAACAAACAUAUCCUGCUGAAAUACGAUGAAAUAUGACAUUAUUUUGUCAAGAGGCAGUAAUAAAAUUCAGACCAAGACCAAAUAUGAAUUAAGAACAUUCACCAACACUGACUUUUUCUUUACAAAUCUUGUCAGAAAGUAAUUUACUACUGAUGUAAACUCGUCAACAGCCCUGAUGUCAGGGUAAAGGAUAACUUCAGGGUUUUUUAACCUGUUGUUUUCCAUUAAAAUGGAUAUUUCAAACUGCACUCAACUCCAAAACUUCUCAGAAUACACCCAACUUUAACCCAAAUCAUAUCAGAACUGAAGUAGACUCACUACACAGAUGUUCAUAUAGUUUCUUUUUGCACUGAUGUUCACACAAUGACACCUAAUAUUUAAUGGAAAACACAAGAAAUGUAGAUUAAAACUUGUCAAAUAUUUGUCAAAUUUGAAUUGAUUCACUAAAUUUUGAUAGAAAUUUACUCAUUGGGUAACACUUUGUUGUCACAGUUUAUUUCCACACAGUUCAAUAACAUUUUAUUGUUCAUAAGAUUUAUAUAAAUAAGUAAGAAAUGAAUAACAUAAAUGGCUUCGGUUAAAACUUUUUUUUACAUGAACAUUUUUUUUAUUUCACUCCUCUGACUCUAAUUGAAAACACUGAGUAAAAUUCUAUGCAUAAUCUUUCAUCAAUUUAAUUCGACUGAAUAUAUAUAUAUAUUUUUGUACUGGUUCACAUUUAAUCCAAAAACUGAAAUGCAAUUAAUCAAUGUAACCUCUUUUUAUGAAGUACAUGUUGCUUUUAUGUAAUAAAAUAAUGAAAUGUCAUUAAUAUCUUCAAACAAAAACAUCUCACUAUGCCCUAUAUGGAUAAAGUUUCCAAACAGUCACCAUCUGUUGGUGAAAAUAUGAACAUGUUAAAAACCUGAAGUUAUCUUCUGACGGUUGAAUAGAAAUAAUGAAGUAUUUGUCUCUGUAUAUCAGGUGCAGCUGUAAAUCCCCACCAUUGUACAUUUUCAUUCAUGUCUUUAACACACCUCACCAGUUUCAGACUCUGUGAAGGAAAAUGGUGUAGAUGUUUGAUAUGAUUCCUUUACUUGUAUCUGUACAGUAUUCAUUAAAACCAGCCUUACUCUUAAACACCAGAGCAGAUGUCAUCUUCUACCCACAGUUGCUGAAUGAAUAAAAUGUUUGUCAUUUUG